AUGGCGACGACUAAGCCUGAGGCGAGCAUGGUGACAACUAAGCCUGAGCUGAUCAUCGCGACGACUAAGCCUGAGACGAGCAUGGCGAGUAUGGCGAUAAAGCUGGCUGGGAACAUCACUUUCGAGCAAUGGUAUGAUAACAGCAAGGCCGAACUGCAAUCGGGAGGUGCCACCUGGUAUUACGACAGCAACGAUAGUCCGACCAUGAAUUCCAAUCCACCAUUGCGCCUACUUCGACAGAGUAUUGGUCCACACAUGUGUAUGAAGUGCACAAGUGUGGUCGAUACCAAGGAGGUCAAACAAAACAGCGACUUCAGGCUUGCACUUCAGGCUCGCCUUUCGUCAGGGUACUUGGACGAAGUCUUCGCCUCGAACUCCUCAACUAUCAAGAUCAACCAAGAACUUCCGCUAUCGAGAUCUGUCGUCCUUGAGAAAGGUGUCCGUUAUGUCAAGGCCCUACCUAUGUGUCAACCAGGAACCAAAGCCGACCAGAACAAUGAUGAAGAGCACACCAAUGUCGGUCCUGAGAGCAAGCUUCCGAAUCGCCUGAAUCCUCAAGAAUUUCCGCUCUAUAUACUAGCAUGCGACCAUAUCAUCUGUCAAGCGUGUCUCGUAUACAACUUCGACACUUGGUAUCAGAAUGCAGUCUGUCCAAUGUGCCGACACGAGCUUCUCAGAACCGGGCGCUUCUACUUCGGGAAUAUGAUGGUAGACCAGAGUGCAGCACUGGUAGUGGGUCGUGCAGCUGCAUUCUUCGACGAUGGUUUGCUCCAUAAAGCCAUAGAAGUAUACACUGCCUCUUUCAAGGCCAACGACAAGUCCUCCAUCAUACUCACGACAUGGGGCUAUGAACAGGUGGCGCACGGAGUUGCAGCAUAUCUCGAGACAAAAUACCCGGCAGGUUAUUAUGGUCAUUCGAGCAAGUAUAUGACCGAUGAAGCGCUUUCUCGAUCAGUACAGUCCUCGUCUGUCAAGCACGUCUUGGAUAUCGCCCACUCAAUCAAUUUGCAGAAGUUGAUCCGGUUGCAUGCAAUGAGUGUUCCUUGCUUAGUCUCGGUGACAGGGCUGAAAGCUACUAUGUUGCGACUCGUCCGCCAAGCUGUUCAGGAACCGAUUGCCGAUAUCUGUCGUAGGCUGCUUUCAGAAGAGCUCAUCGACGCCGGCUUCGGUUUGGAUCUUUCAUCGGAAGAAAUACUUGAGGUUGCAACAACCCUUGAUGGGACUCAGAUGAAGGAGUUGUGGCGUGUUUGCGAGAUGUUCGUCGAGUAUACGGUUGCUUGGCUUGUAUGGAGACAUGUCACUCUCGAUCCAGACUAUGUUGCUACGCUGACUAAGCUCGCCGUGCCCAUGGGACAUUGA